AUGUCAUAUGCCUUGGAAGAAUACUAUGGCAGUAAUAGCGGCGAGUCUCGUCGAUUGAACGAAUAUAUUCGCCACUACGAACCUCUCUCUUACCCAACUGAAGAGGUCCACCGAGGUCACUUGAGGGCCAAGAGGUCGGUUACCCGCGACAAUUCUGUGACUCUGAAGUUUCGUUCGCACGGAAGGGACUUCCACAUCCGACUGAAGCGAGAUCUGGCUACCUUUAGCAAUAACUUAAUUAUCGAGGGCCCUUCCGGUCAAACGGAGGACCUCGAUACCUCACAUAUUUACCAGGGCCACUUAGUUGGUGAACCUGGCAGUCACGUAUUUGGAAGCAUCAGCGAUGGUGUUUUCCACGGAAAAAUCAUUUCGCCUCGCGGUGGCGCGUGGUACGUGGAGAAGGCGCACUAUUACUUCCCGCCGCACGAGAUAAAUGACACGUUACAUUCGGUCAUCUAUCAUGAGAAUAACGUCGGCGACCCGUACGCCCAUCUUCGAAAAGGUGAAUCUGGUGGUUGUGGAAUCACCGAUGACGUGAUGGAAUGGAUGGAUAGAGUUCAAAAUUCUGCCGAACCGGACGUUUCACGUCCGGUAACCGCAAAUGAGAAGAAAUUCAAGCCGCAGAUGAAACCGUGGAACGGCGAUCAAGAAUCACCAGGUCACAAAUAUUCAAGAGAAGCUAACGAACCUAAUCAUCGGAGAACGCGGAGAGCAACCAGACCGAAAGAGGAUAAUAAAAACACUUGUUCCCUUUUUAUUCAAACCGAUCCACUUAUAUGGAGACAUAUAUCGGAACAAUUGCAUCACGAUGCAGAGAAGACCAGAGAAGAGAUACUGUCUCUGAUCGCACACCACGUUACCGCUGUGAAUUACAUCUAUAGAGACACUAGGUUCGAUGGUAGAAUCAAGCACAGAAAUAUUAAAUUCGAGGUGCAACGGAUAAAGAUCGAUGACGACACAGCGUGUACACCCCAACAAACGUACGGUGAACCAAAUCCGUUCUGCAUGGAGAACAUCGACGUUAGCAACUUUUUAAAUUUGCAUUCGCUCGGCAACCACGAAGAUUUUUGCCUCGCUUAUGUGUUCACUUAUAGAGAUUUUACUGGCGGUACACUCGGUCUUGCUUGGGUAGCUUCCGCAUCGGGCGCAUCCGGUGGCAUUUGCGAAAGAUACAAAACGUACACAGAAACUGUGGGAGGAAUGUAUCAAUCCACCAAGAGAUCCUUAAAUACCGGAAUCAUUACUUUUGUUAAUUACAAUAGCAGAGUGCCACCAAAAGUGUCACAGCUGACGUUGGCCCAUGAAAUAGGACAUAAUUUUGGAUCACCUCACGAUUUUCCACCGGAAUGUAGACCCGGUGGAUUGCACGGAAAUUACAUUAUGUUUGCGUCAGCGACGAGCGGAGAUCGACCGAAUAAUAGUAAAUUUUCGAAAUGCAGCAUUGGCAAUAUCAGCAAUGUCCUAGAUGCUAUAGAAGACAACAAGAAAAGAAAUUGUUUUACCGCUUCUGCUGGUGCAUUCUGCGGCAACAAGAUCGUCGAGGCUGGAGAAGAAUGCGAUUGUGGAUAUGACGACGAUGAGUGUGUGGAUAAGUGUUGCUAUCCGAGGCAGGUGUCGGAGUUAGACAAGAUAAAGAAUGAAACAGCGAAAGGUUGUACCAGAAAGUCCGGUACACAAUGCAGUCCUAGUCAAGGGCCUUGUUGCUCCAGCGAAUCGUGUCAAUUCGUUCCUCUCUCCAAAAAUGUUCAAUGUAAGGCUGAAUCGGAUUGUAGUUACAAUUCAACUUGUAACGGACGAUCCUCUGAGUGUCCUCCACCGUUGCCAAGGGCUAACAAAACUAGAUGUAACGAAGGAACUCAGUUGUGUAUCAAUGGCGAGUGUACGGGAUCGAUUUGCCUCGAAUGGAAUCUAACUGAGUGCUUUUUGACUAGCAACGUAAUUCCAAAUAUCGAUAAACGUAAAUUGUGUGAAUUAGCUUGCCAAAAUGGAACUGAUCCAUCGACCUGCCGUAGUACCAGCGAAUUUGCACACGUUGUUGGUCUGCCCGAAGGUGGAAUUAGCCUUCGACCUGGAUCACCUUGUGAUAACUUUCAAGGAUAUUGUGAUGUAUUUUUGAAGUGUCGAGCGGUUGACGCGGAAGGACCAUUAGCCAGAUUAAAAAAUCUUUUAUUCAAUAAGGACACAUUGCGUACAGUAGCACAAUGGAUAACUGAAUUCUGGUGGGCAGUAUUGUUAAUGGGAAUAGCCUUUAUUAUUUUCAUGGGCUUAUUCAUCAAGUGCUGUGCCGUUCAUACUCCUUCGAGUAAUCCUAAGAAACCACCAGCGAGACGUAUUAGCGAUACUUUAAGAAGACCGAUGAAUACUCUAAGAAGAAUGCGACAUCCACAUGGUGGAGGUGGGGCCGGUCCCAGAAGUAUACCUCCCAGACAAAGUCAAGGAGGCCAUGGUGCUACUCGCGGUCCCUCUCAUGGUUACGGAGAGGGUAGAGGUGCUCAGUAUUAUCCAAAAGGCUAUCGCUCGGUUCCCACAGCUAGUGCGCCACCCAGUAGCAGCGCAGCACCCAACUACGGCCGGUCCAACCACCCAGAACUGUACGCCGGCGCCUAUUCGGGCUCCGGGGGAGGCGGCCGGUCCUCAGCCUACGAGAUGAGGCAUCACAACAAGGUGUGACGAUCUUAGAGAAUUACCACGGACGAGGAAUAGUCUCGACGUUGCACCGUAAAUUGUUCUCUUGUUUAAUGCCAAACUGUGAGACGAGCCGAUCCAGCCAACAUGAUAUCUCUUGUAAUCAAGAUCGACGAGAUCAAUGGAAGAAUACGAAAGCGUAAUCGAGUGCAUUUGAAAGUACCAACAAUCGCCGAUCUACGUUUUUAUUUGGGUUCGAAUAAUUCGUGCAAGGGAACUGUAAAACUGGUUCGGAAUUGUAAAUUGACAAAGUGUAUUAUAUAAUCAAUGGUGAUAUAUUGAGACUUCUCGUUUGACGUUGAGUUUUUGUCGAGCUGAUUUUUAUCAGCAAGCGUACGAGAACAUCAACAUUUGCAGAAACGAAAUGAACGAUAGCGUUCGGACGUGAUAGAUCGUGAAACUGAGAAAUCGUUAAAAGACUAAUAUUGUACGAUUUUCUGUAAUUCAUCUUUUAAAUGUUUCCUGCUGAUUCCUCCGUGUUGCCAUGAAAUAUUUUUCGCGUCUCGAUCGAAAUUACAAGGCUUUUUAACAAUUCUGUCUGUUCACAAAAAUUCAUUGAUAUAAAUGUCCCGAUCGAACCUGUGGAAAUUUAUUUCUGUGGACAAUGCUGGAUUCAAACAGCAAAUAUCGCAGUAAUACUGAACGCAACAUAUUUUUGUCGUUCGAUAUAAGAGAACAUUUAUGGCCAAGGUUGCAUAGUAGCGUUUAUGCCUCGAUUUCUUGGUGAAGUCGAAUUCUCGCGUGCUUUUCGCUUCGGAAAGCGUAUUUUUAUACAUAUAUGGAGACUGCUGGUUAGAAGAGUAAGGGAAGUUCAAAGGGAGAACGGAGAUGACAAUAUAUAUUUGGAAUAAAUGUUAGGAUGAUAACCCGUAAUUUUUGAGAAGCUCCCAUUGAACGUACCUUGUGCCUUUUAACUUAUACGCGAUUGUUACAUACGUUAUUCUAUAUUAUAGUGCGAUUUUAAAAGACAAACAUUUUUUUUAAUUUUAAUGUUCUUCCAAAUGGAUGUUUUUUAUUCAAAGCUUUUAAUUAUUAGCGUUUUAUACAAAUAUAGGUAAAGAUAAUUAAUAAGUAAUGCCAAAAUGUUUAAUAUGAUUUCUCUUUGACGCAUUUAUACAUAAGUUAUUAGUCUAUAAGAUUAUUUAAUUUAAAUCUAAAAGUAUUUUUGUGAUUGUACCAUCGCUUUCCGCAGCGAACGAGCGCGUUUACCAUUACCAAACUACUGCAGGUCAUUCACUUGAUCUCUACCAUUGUAGUAUAAUAAUUAAUAAUAUGUAAUAUUCUUAUACUAAUUUUUAUUAGCCAAUUGAAACGAGCAAAGUUAUAAGAGAUUAUGAACAUGAAAGAAAAGUAUCAACAAAAAAAAGUUUUAUAGCUAUAUUUCAUUAAUAAUUAUUCUGAUGAAAAUGAUAUCAAACAAUAUCA